AUGGCAGUGACCAAAACACGCAUUGAAUUCGGUAAAGGAACUGCUGGUGGAUCAACUUACACCCGAUGGGGAAGAACGACGUGUUCCGCAACCGGGACACUAACCGUAUAUUCGGGUUACGCGGCAGGAAGUCAUUACACGCACCAAGGAGCUGCCGUGAACUACCUUUGUCUCACCAAAGAGCCGCUGUGGAGCAGAUUUGACGCCAGCCUACAGCACGGAGCGCCGGUUUACGGGGCCGAGUAUGAGUUUGAUGGGCGGAACAGGGUCACUUUCUUCGAUAGGGAAAUAACCGAUCACGAUGCUCCAUGCGCCGUGUGUGAGUCUCCUCGUUCGCAAGUGCUGAUGAUUCCGGGUCGCAACAAAUGCCUGGCCGGAUGGACCUUGGAGUACCAGGGAUAUCUCGUGGCAGGCGAUAUUGAUCAUGUGGCCGCUUCAGAGUUCAUAUGCCUGGACGCCAAUCCCGAGUCACUGCCAAAUGACUCGGGAAAUACUGACGGGAAGGUGUUCUACUUUGCAGAAGCGAGAUGUGGAGGGUCCCUGAAAUGUCCGCCGUACGUCAAUGGGCGAGAACUGACGUGCGUUGUUUGCACGAAAUAAACAAUAUCAUGUUUAUCUCUUAUUCGCAUGAACCUUCAGACCGUAAUUUUUCUGUGACAUAGUAAAACAAUUUGUAAUUUAUUCGUAAUCGUUCAUGUUCAUAAUACACGAGUUUGAGUUUUAAAUCUCAAUAUUCAGGUUAAUGUUGAACAGUAAAAAGCAAACAAAUUUAUUUUACAGUUAGAAAAUCAAUGAAAUAUAUGACAAUAUAUAAACUAUUGUACAAAUUACGAUACUGUCAUAAAGUAGCACCCUUCUUAUACAAACGGAUAAAAUAAAUGCACUAAAUCAAUUUGCCUCCCCCCCCCCCCCCCCGGUGAAUUCUAUGUAAAUGUUUUGAUAAAGAUUACAUGGGGGUAGAAAACGUCCAUAAGAACAGUUAAUCCAAGAUACUUUUUGUGUCACUGUAUUAUAGAUUGAUUAUUGAUUCCAACUUAAACUGAUAAUUUGGAAAUGUACUGAAAUGUACAAAUUGCCCCCCCCCCCCCGGUGAAUUCUAUGGAAAUGUUUUGAUAAAUAUUACAUGGGGGUAGAAAACGUCCAUAAGAGCAGUUAAUCCAAGAUACUUUUUGUGUCACUGUAUUAUAGAUUGAUUAUUGAUUCCAACUUAAACUGAUAAUAUGGAAAUGUACUGACAAAAUUACAUGGGGGUAGAUAGACUACAUUAGAACAGUUCAUCUCAAAUAUACUUCUUUGUAGUCACUGUAUAC